CAAGUCGUCGGGGCCACAGCCAUGAUUUCUUUAUCUCCCCUCCCCAACACUUACUUCUCCACCACUUACUUCUCCCCCCUCUCCCAAUCUCCAUUUUUUAUCAAAAAAUUGAAACCCCCAGAAGGCUGCUCCAGAAUGGAUAAUUUGCUCCCCAGAAAGUCUCUGUUCGUUUACUCGAUUUGCUUUCUUAGCCUUAUCCCAAUUACUAAAGGAGAUUACCCACCUUUCUUUUCCUUGGACUGCCCAGACCCAACCCUUGGCACAACCAGCACCUACGCCCCAAACAGCACCUACAAAACAAACCUCGACACCCUCUUCUCCGCACUCUCCUCCCACUCCAGCAACGCAUCCAACGGCUUUUACAACUUCACCGCCGGCACCAGCCCACCCGACAUCGCCUACGGCCUCUUCCUCUGCCGUGGUGACAUCUCCUCCGCCGUGUGUCAAGACUGCGUCGUUUACGCUACCCAAAAUGUAGUCGAAUGGUGCCCCAGGUCGAAGCGGGUGACGGUCUGGUUAGAAACGUGCAUGUUGAGGUACUCCAACGAGUACAUAUUCGCCCGUCAGGAUAGAGAGUUCGUGAGGAUUUUGCACAACGCUUGGAACGUUACGGAUAAGACCCAUUUUAACAAAGUUUUGGGAGAGGUUAUGGACGAUAUUGCCCAUCGGACUUCGAGUGAUGACUCAGGUAAGAAAUUCGCGACUGCACAAGUUAAUUACUCAUCCCUUGAGACGUUGUACGGACUAGCGCAAUGCACGCCGGAUAUAUCUGAUUUUGAUUGCAAUACCUGCCUUCGGGCUUGUAUCUCGACUUUUCCGAGUUGCUGUGAUGCAAGACGAGGAGUGAUAGUUCGGUUUCCGAGCUGUAAUGUCAGGUAUGAGACAUACCCAUUUUACAACGCCAGCUUCGGUGCCGCUCCGCCGCCACCUACGGCAGUCCUCCGUCCUCCUCCUGGUACUACUACUACAAGCAGCCCUGGAAAUGGGGGAGUCUCAUGGCAAGUAAUCGCUGCCGUUGUAGCUUCAAUUGGGGUCGUUGUUAUUCUUUUCAUAGCAGGCUUCUGUUUCGUAACUAGAAGGGCGAAGAAGAAACAUAAUUCUGUAGAAGAAGACAAUGUUGGGGAUGACAUCUUAAAAGUGCAGUCCUUGCAAUAUGAUUUGGGUACAAUUGAAGCUGCCACAAACAACUUCUCAAACGAUAACAAAAUUGGUGAAGGUGGAUUUGGUCUGGUCUACAAGGGUUUACUUCCAGAUGGCCAAGAGAUAGCUGUGAAGAGACUAUCUCGAACCUCAGGACAAGGUGCACAAGAAUUCAAGAAUGAGGUGUUAUUGGUUGCCAAGCUCCAGCAUAGAAACCUUGUGAGGCUACUUGGAUUUUGCUUGGAAGGAGAAGAAAAGAUACUCAUUUACGAGUUUGUGCCCAACAAGAGCCUCGAUUACUUUUUAUUCGACCCACAAGAGCAGGAGAAGCUGGAUUGGUCAAGACGUUACAAGAUUAUAGGAGGAGUAGCCCGGGGGAUGUUGUACCUUCAUGAAGACUCCCGGCUUAGAAUUAUACACCGUGAUCUCAAAGUCAGCAAUAUCUUGUUAGAUGUUGAUAUGGAUCCAAAAGUUUCAGAUUUUGGCAUGGCUAGGAUCUUUGGAAAUGAUCAAACUCAUGGAAAUACACGUCGAGUCGCUGGCACAUUUGGUUACAUGUCUCCAGAGUAUUUAAUAAAUGGAAAGUUCUCCGCGAAGUCUGAUGUGUUUAGCUUUGGUGUCUUGAUUCUGGAGAUUAUUUCUGGCAAGCAGAACAACUUUUACCAUUCAGAUGAUGCGGCAAACCUUAUGAGCUAUGCUUGGAAACUCUGGAGGGAACGAACGCCCUUGGAUCUGUUGGAUCCCGCUCUUGAAGGGUCGUAUACAAGAAAUGAAGUCACUAGAUGUAUCCAUAUUGCCUUGUUGUGCGUCCAAGAUGAUCCGGAUGCUAGACCUUCUAUGGCAACAAUAGUUCUGAUGCUCAAUAGCUAUUCCACUACGUUGCCACUUCCUCAACAGCCGAGAUUCUUAGGCCGGAGUGGACAAGGGUCGAAUAUUAUUCCAGAGUUACAGCCGGAUCAGUCUAUGAGCAAUUCAAUACAGUCGACUGUGAAUGAAGCAUCAAUCAGUGAAGUAGAACCCAGAUGAUGUUGUAAGCUCCAUAGGCCGAGAUCCGUUUGGUUGGCACAUUCAUGGUGAAAAUUGAUUUUUGCAUGUAUUCCCCAAUUAUCCAGUUGUACGCUUAUUUAAUUUAUUUUUAGAGUGUAGCUAGGUUAUGGAAAGAAAUCUUAUAUGGUUGUGUUUUUUGUUUUUUCUGAGUGCAGUAGCGUUUCGUCAAGUUGUUAGUGUGAUUGGCCUUUUUUGCAUAUAUAGCGACAAACCAUAUGUGCUUGUAAUCGUUUCAAAUUACAUGUAUUUUUUCC